CCUCUGCACCGGGCCGGAGAUGGCGGGGGUCGCGGCCGCUUCGUUCUUCUCUAACGCCUGCCGGUUUGGGGGCUGCGGGCUGCACUUCGACUCCCUGGCCGAGCUGAUCGCACACAUCGAGGACAGUCACAUCGAUACAGAUCCUCGAGUGCUGGAGAAACAGGAGCUGCAGCAGCCCACGUACGUCGCCCUGAGCUACAUCAACAGAUUCACGACGGAAGCAGCACGCAGGGAGCAGGAGAACCAGAAGAAAAAGGUGCAGCCGAAACUGGCGCUUUCAGUCACUGGUACUGUCUCCCGUAACAACAUGUCCACCCCCCCUCGUCACAGUAACGGCAGCUUGACCCCGCCCGUGACUCCACCCAUCACCCCUUCAUCUUCCUUUCGCAGCAGCACACCAACAGGCAGUGAGUGUGAUGAAGAGGAGGUCGAGUAUGAAGACUCGGACAGUGACGAGUCGUGGACUACAGAGAGCGCCAUCAGCUCCGAGUCCAUCCUGAGCUCCAUGUGCAUGAACGGAGGAGACGAGAAGCCCUUCGCCUGUCCAGUGCCUGGCUGCAAAAAAAGAUACAAGAACGUGAACGGUAUAAAGUAUCACGCUAAGAACGGACACAGGACACAGAUCCGCGUGAGGAAGCCCUUCAAGUGCCGCUGUGGGAAAAGCUACAAAACAUCUCAAGGGCUUAGACACCACACCAUCAACUUCCACCCCCCACUGUGAUGACACACACACACACACACACACACACACACACACACACUACUCAUACUGCUUUACAACUCAUCUGCACACUGAAUCACAUCAGGUUCCUGUUGGUACCUUUUCUUUUCAUGAAAAAAAAAUGUAUUUUUGUGGGUUUGUAAGUGUGUAUGGUUUUGCACAAAAUAUUCGUAUCAUUCCUAUUUACUUUUACUUUUAACGAGAAUGGUUCGUUAUUUCAUGGCACAAUAGAUUUUAAUCUUUUUUGAUUUAUAAUAAAAUACAAAGAUAGGUUUUUGACGAGUCUUAGGUGGACGAAUUUAUAUUUUUAUUUACCCGCAUGUAUAUAAUAUCUAUAAUGAAAUAUUAGCAUGGGCACGUACGGUAUUAGUAGCUGUAUUUAAUAUGUUUUUAUGAAUUUUUACACACACAAGAUUUUUAAAUAAAUCUUCAAUACAGUGUGUGCAGAAUCUGAAGGAGGCUGAGUGUGUAUAUUUGAACAGUAGUCCGUCUUUCUGUCUGUUUAGUCCACAAAAUAUUUACAUUUCUUUUUGUAUUUAAACCAAAAGUGGGCAUGG